AUGCGCAACCUGGCCAAACUCGACCCCACGGCGAAUCUCUUUGGAAUGAUCAGAAUGCGCGGCGAUCUUCCCGACAGGGACGCCAUCAUUCCUCGCGCCGCUCUGAGGAUCGUACACGUGGCCGAGAAGAGCGUCAUAUGCAUGAGAUGGAACAACCACCGCGAUACCCAGAACAGCAACAAUACUCCCCAAGAGGAUCGCGCUGAAUAUGCGAGUGCUGCAUGGGGAUGGGUUCCCUCACAGCUCACAGUUUGGGUGGAUUUAGGUCGCACUCGCGAUAUGCCUCUCGGCUUAUCUACAUGCUAG